AUGACUACAAAUUAUUCAUCGAAAUCUUCACCAAAAUGCAAUGGAUGUCAUUGUUUAGCGAUUCAAGCAGAUGAAAAUUAUAAACGUUUAGCUGAAUCAGAUAAUAUUCAGAUUACAAUGGAUAACAUUUCGAGCAACCAAACAAACCAAAUUAUCAACAAAAAGCUAUUACGGAAAACAGCAAAAGUAAAACCGGAAGAGGUAUCAACACCAACACAUUUCGAGCAUUUAGUACACAUUGAAGAUAUACAAUCGAAUGCUAAUAAUUUUGUUGCGACAGAAUUAUCACAUGAUCCAAUUAUUAGAAAUAUUUUCAAUAUGAUCGAGAAAAAUAUCGCUAAUACGGAUAGUAAUGCUAUUAAUGCUACUACAUCUACUGAUAAUGAUAAUAAUAUUACAGAAUUGUAUGUGGAAUCAAUCGUGGAAAAUCAGGAGAAUAAUUCUAAAAAUGUUACAGUUUACAUUAAUGAUAUUGAAACAUAUGAUAAUUUGAAUACUUUUACUGUAUCAUCUUGUGCGGUAAAUGAGAAACAAUCAGUGCUGAAACGAGAUAAUUUAAAAUUAAAUUUGAAAUGUAGCCGAAAAAUGUCAAAUGAUGAGAAACAUCAAUCGAUACCGCAUAGUUUAAAAUCAAAUUGCAAAAAAAUAAAUAAUCAAAAUAGCAUCAAAAGUUUCCUAAUGUUACCGAAACAUAAAAAGCUUACAUCAGUUUCAUCGUCAGAUUCGAUCGAAACAGUAUCAUCCGUUUCACCGUUCAAACCAACACCGAUACAAUCUCAGUAUGCUAAUCUUAAAAAUAAAGAAUCUACCUGUGAUGCUAUCAUUUCUCAAAAAACCGAACAGAUGACAUCAUCAUUGUAUGAGAAUCAACAGGAUGCUAUAACUGUCAACUCAAUGAAAACGGAUGCAAAUAGUUCUGAGAAAAAGCUUAUCGAUUUCAAAGAUCAGAUUGAAAUUCAACAAGCACUGAAACAGUUGGAUGAUGUAUUGGAUGAGCAAAUUGCCAUUGAAACUUCUCUAACUUCUUCAAAUCCAGAAAAAUGCAAUGUUGAAAUAUUUGAAGAGAAGAAUGAAACAACGAAACUAAAAGAUAAGAAAUCAGUGAAACAGUUAGUUGAAAUACUUGAUUCAAAGCAAUUACAGUUUAAAAUGCGAAAUAUGCCAUCAAAAUUACAUUCAACUAUAAUCAAUCAGGAUUCCGAUUUCACAUCCGAUAAUGAAGGUAACACGAAGGCAAAAGCUUCAUUAUGCAUAUCUGAUCCGGAAAUCACAUCAAAACCAUCACUUAUUGGUGUCAAUAUUUUUGGUCUUAAUGAUGGCAAAUCAAUAGCUGAAAUUAUUGCUGAGAAACGAAAUUAUGAAAAUUAUUCACUUCAUAAGCGUCCACCAGCAUCACCAAAACCGGUAUUGAAGAAAUCACUUCCAACUCCAAAACCGAGCACUUCGGAUGAGAGAGAACAAAAAUGGCUUCUUCCAUCAUCAUCAAAUCAAGUAGUAACUCAUUCAUCUGAUAUAUCAUUAGCUGAUAAUCGAAAAGAAAAUAUUAUCAUAACUGUGGAUAAGAACUCAAAAAUUCAAUCGAAACAACAGAAAAUAUCAAAUUCUGAAAUGCUAUCAACAAUUAUUAAAAUUGAUGAUAUACAAUCCUCUACAAAUUUUCAAUCAAUAACAACAACAACAACUAAUGCUACUACUCCUAUAACAACAACAACGGUUGAUAUUAAUUCAAAAGAUUUAAAUCAACAAUGUUUACCUGCAGUGCAGUAUUCGACAGCAAAUCAUAUUUAUGAAAAUUUAAAACAAAAUGGUAAUGAAAGAUACUUGGAAACAUCCUUUAAUGGACCAAUUGCAAUGACAGUAAUUAGUGAAAGCAAAAAUGGUACAACAAAAUCAGCGAACGAAGAUUCUUCACAUAUAUUUCAUCAUCAUCAUCAUCAGCAACAACAACAACAACAACAACAGCAACAACAACAGCAACAAAAGGAAUCUGUUAUUGAUAAAGGAAAAUUUUUUGCUGAUAAUACUUCAACCGCUUUAUCACACGUUACUUGUAAUCAUAAUGAUAAUGUAAAAUGGCGAAGCGAUCCUAAAAGACAAGCAAAUUUAGAUGUAUCGAAAUUAGAAAAUGAUCGAAAUUCAGAACCAGUACCACCACAACGUACGUGUUUUAAGCGCAAUAGCUACGGUUCCGUUUCGGAUAAAAGAAUAAUGCAGCGUAGUACUUCAAUGUUUUCCACUUCAACUAACAAAGAAUCGAAUGACAUUACAAACAAAUCAAUCUCUAACAUUAUUCAUCAACAUCCUCCUACAUCCAUUAAUCGAUCAUCAUCAUUGUCUAUUCCGGAAACAACACGAAUUAUAAUACGUCCUAAACCGGCACCACGACAAAUUGAUUGCAUGAAAAGAGCGACAGUCACUACUGAUAUUCCUGAGAUUGAAAAUAAAAGUUUUGGAAAAGAGCCGAAACGACCAGUGCCAAUACCACGACAAAGUAAACUUAAGACAACAUUGAAUGAUGAUUUAUUGAAAAAAACUUCAUUUGCUGUAACAAAAAUACAGCAUGGCAUCGUUAAUAGUCCGGAAUCGAUGAUAACAAUCGCAAAGACAAUGAGUAAAGUGAAUGUGGAAGAAAAUGAUAGAAACGAAUGGAUGUUACAUUUGUAA